CGAGCCAUGAUAUUGUUUUUCGUUGCAUCUGCUGCUGAAUCCAUAUUUAGCGCAGAUGGGACGUUUAUUCCAGCGGAUCGUCUGGGAGCAGUCCGCCUCAAGCAGCGGGGAAGCGGUGUGUUUACAUCCGCGGAAAACGCUCCUCUUAAAAAUCACUGGAUCGCUUCAGCGCAACGUUUUCACCGUGAUUAUGUCUCUUCAUUUGUCUGCUACUAGAAACGUAAUUAUUACAUGCAACUUAAGAUAGUUUGGGAUGUUUUUGGAGGCGAAAUUCGAAGAAAACUCCCAGCAAGAGGCACAACGAAGGCGAGAAUCUGGCCGCUUUAAAGGCUCCUGGAACAAAGGAAAAAAAUGAUGGGUGUCAAACAUGAGCUCAGUCUGAAGAACGGAGACUUUUAUAUCUGCUUUAGUAACUUUGGUCUUGUAAGAUGCUUGUUUUCGGAGUAUUUUGAGACUAAAUGUUGGCGGAGAAAACACAAAGUGGAGCCGCUGUUCGAGGCGGCAGCAGAGCAGCGGACCGAGUUGUCUCUUCACGGUUCUCAUGUGUGUUAUAAGUCCCGCCUCCCGCUCUGAGCUCGGUACGUUCAGAGGAACAACCCAGUCCGACAGACAUGGCAGAGGAAGCUCCAGCAGCCGCGCCGGCCAAGGCUCCGGCCAAAGCCCCGAAGAAGAAGUCCGCUCCCCGGCCCAAGAAGGACGGACCCAGCCUCCCGAAACUCAUCGUGGACGCCGUGGCCGAGUCCAAGGAGCGCAAGGGGAUGUCCCUGUCGGCCCUCAAGAAGGUGCUGGCCGGGAAAGGAGUGGACGUGAGCAAGGCCAACAAGCGCAUCAACACCGCGGUGACCAAGCUGGUCACCAAAGGAACCCUGAGCCAGACUAAGGGCACGGGGGCCUCCGGCUCCUUCAAGCUCGCCAAGGAGCCCAAAGCCGCUAAACCUGCCAAGAAGGUGGUGAAGAAGAAGGCUCCCGUCAAGGCCAAGAAGCCCGCCGCCAAGAAGACCACAGCAGCCAAGAAACCCGCCGCUAAGAAACCUGCAGCUGCCAAGAAGUCCCCGAAGAAGGCUCCGGCUAAGAAAGCUGUGAAAAAGCCCGCAAAGAGCCCCAAGAAGGCCGCGGCUGCCAAAAAGCCUAAGGCAGCUAAGAAACCCGCAGUCAAGAAAACUACAGCCAAAAAGCCCGCAGCGAAGAAGGCCAAGAAAUAAACAGCUGCUUCAACCCGCACUCAGUGCACCAAAAGGCUCUUUUCAGAGCCA